AUGUCCUCCCACGAAGACGACGGCCCUUCCCCCCUUACGAGAAUCGCUCAAUUAGAGUCUCUCGUAGAGCAAUUACGGACGGCCCCUCGCCAGCGCAAAUGCGUCCUUCCUGAUCCCGAUAAGUUCAACGGUACGGACUACAAUACUCUUCUGGAUCAGCUCGCUCUCGCUUACGACAAUCCAAACAAAAUUCAAGAAGCUGAGGAUAAGCUGCUUGCUUGCAAGCAAGGUACAGACGCUCUCCAUAUCUACGUCUCACGCUUCGAACGACUUUUGCACGCUGCUCGCUGUCAGACCUGGCCCGACGCUAAUAAGAUUAUUGCGUUCCGCAAUGGUCUGAACUCAACUAUACGGACCCGUCUGAAUGGCCAAUUGACUCUCCCAAUUACGUAUACCGAAUACGUGCACGUCACUCAGCAGCUUGGACGCUCUUCCGGCUCUUCCGGCCCUUCCGGCCCGUCCCACGGAUUCCCUCGACCUUCGGCCCCUCCUCAAAACCGCCCUCGCACGUCAACGGGCCCCUCUCCCGGCGACCCAAUGGACCUUUCGGCAGUCGAACGCGCUCAACAACUCGAGCAAUUGCAGCACGCCAACGAGCUCGGCGCAAUAGAGCUUAUCGACGCUCACGAGGCUGAUCAAACUCAGCUGUUGGAAGACCGAUACCCCACUCUCCAGCAUGCUCCUCACAGCACUCUUGAUCAGCGCGAAGCUUGGCGCAAAUCAAAUCGCUCUAAGCCUUUGACAAAGAAGCGAGUUCUUUGGGACCCUUUUUCGGACCGACCUGUCAGAGAAAAUGAGGGUUUAAGCGAGUUUGACUCGGACGAGAGGGAGGAAAUUUUGGCGGAAUGGAACGCUUCUAGAGGCUACGACGCUGACCCUGACGAUUAUCGCGACCUGUAG